AUGGCAAUGGGUCCAACAGGUAAUGAGAAGUCUGGUGGAGAGAAAAUGAUCGUGAACGUGAAUAGAAUAUUAGAGAUGUUAAUGUCUGUUACUGUUUCACUUAACAGUGCUAGGCUUAAUAUUAGAGAAUGGAACUUGUCAAUAGUUACGCUUAACAAACGUGUAAGUUAUAUGAGCAUUGGAUUCUUGGUUGUUGAAUUGCUAACAAUUGACGACGAAAAUCAAUUUAGCGUCUUUGAAGAAUCAAGUCAAGCGUUAUAUCCAAAUUCAAAUC